ACAAAGGCUGGCUGUAUAAAUGGACUAACUACUUGAAGGGCUACCAACGCCGGUGGUUUGUCCUUAGCAACGGCCUUCUGUCAUAUCACAGGACUGCCGCUGACUGGAUGAUGUUUGUUUGUCGCACACUGUCGUGCGUGAAAAGCACAGGAGCCCGGCCGUUUCUGAGACACUGGAACCAGCGCGCCUUGCACCGACGAUCAUACCACGCUCUGUCGCUUAGGCCACUCAUUUUGCCCAUUCUAGCCAUACUGUUCACAUUUGUGAACAGGAUGGUGUAACUAAUAAACUGACCAAUGAGUCUAUAUUUAUGGUUGCUUAUAUGAUGACAUUUGCACAUUUCAUGUAGAUAAUUGUUAUCAAUGAAGCUUUGAAUAAUAUUUUAGAUGAGAUUCCUAUUGGAAGAGCUUUUUUUUUUGUGGGUGAGGGGUUAUUUUACAGGAAUGACUGUCAGCGCGUACGACACUGCAUAUCUAUGUAACCUACGAGACCCACCUAGGUCGUUACAUUUCAUUAUGAUGUAUAAGAUGUCAGACAAUAUUUAUCUGAUGCUUUUAGAAUGUGUGGUCCUCUGAUUCAGUAACGGCCUUCACAGUUGUUAGGCACAGUUCCCUAAAACCAGUUAAGAGGGAUGUCAGCCAGACUGUGUUAUGCACUAAUUGUGAGGUAUUUGUCAGAGGUGUGUGUGUGUGGACACACUUGGACAUCACCACUUUCCCCGGCUGCCCUACAGUCUCUGAUGGGAAUGCAUGACUGCUUUGCCGUGUGUGUUUAUGUAACUGAACUCUUGAGUACCAGCACAGAAUAAAGAGUUAAAUGCCCUGGCAUAACCAACGCAUUUACAUUGCACUGACAUGCACACACAGAUACACUGCCAAGCACUCACAUCAGCUAUGCUCAAGUAGGUGCAGGUGUAACAAACCAUGAGAUACUGUACUCCUAUGAAAUAUAAAUAAUUGCAUGUGUGUGUGGCUGAAUUUGUGUGGUGUGCAUGUGUGUGUGGCAUUUCUGGCUCUAGAACUAGAUUUAGUCAGCAGACUCUUUUCCCUUGUCUCUGUGUGUGUUGGUGUGUGUGCGUCUCUGUGCAUUAGGACUCAGGCAGAGAUGGCCCACACUUGCCGUGGCACCAUCUCCCUGACCACGGCACACAUUGAGGUGGGUGACGCGUGCCACCUGGUGCUAACCAGUGGAGGGCGGAGCUACCACCUGAAGGCCACCUCAGAUGGGGAGAGUCAGCGCUGGGUCUCUGCCCUCCAACAGGCUAAGGCCAACGCCAGUCACAUGAUGCACCAAUCAGAUGACUCUGGAGACGAGGCCCCCGUGCCCCAGCCUGACCGAGCCCUGACCCAGGGGGCUCUGAAGACCCUGGCCAGUAAGCUGGACGACCUGAGCACCUGCAACGAGCUAAUCGGCAAACACGGCGCCGCCCUGCAGCGAUCCCUCAGCGAGCUCGAGGACCUGCGCACGGCCACCGACGGCACCGACAAACUCAAGACUGUCAACGAGCGUGCCACACUCUUCCGCAUCACCUCCAAUGCUAUGAUCAAUGCCUGUCGGGACUUCCUGGACGUAGCAGAGACACACAGCCGGAGGUGGCAGAGAGCCCUGCAAUAUGAGAGAGAACAGCGCCACCACCUGGAGGAGACUAUUGAACAGCUAGCCAAGCAGCACAACAGCCUGGAGAGGGCCUGGAGAGAGGCUCCCAGCACACACCCAGACGGAGGUGAGAGAACGCAGGAGGGGGACGCCAGUGAUGAGAAUGAAGACACAGAGUUCUUUGAUGCCAUGGAGGACUCCCCUGCCUUCAUCACAGUGACCGCCUCUGACCACACCCAGCACAGACGCUCCAGCAGUAACCAGAGUAUCAUGAGUGGAGGAUUACCCAAUAAUGAAUGGAGCCACAAUGAGAAUGACUCUGGCUCCAACAACGUGCAGCUGCGCAGAGUAAGACGGAGCCGCAUCCCAAACAAACCCAACUACUCCCUCAACCUGUGGAGCAUCAUGAAGAACUGCAUCGGCAAGGAGCUGUCCAAGAUCCCCAUGCCUGUAAACUUCAACGAGCCCCUAUCGAUGCUGCAGCGUCUGACUGAGGAUCUAGAGUACAGUGACCUGCUGGACCGGGCGUCUCGCUGCGAAUCGUCCCUGGAGCAGAUGUGCCUGGUGGCAGCCUUCUCUGUGUCCUCCUACUCCACCACCAUCCACCGCACUGCCAAGCCCUUCAACCCCCUGCUGGGGGAGACCUACGAGCUGGACCGCCUGGACGACUUCGGCUACCGCUCCAUCUGCGAGCAGGUCAGUCACCACCCCCCAGCCGCCGCCCACCAUGUGACGUCACAGCGAGGCUGGACCCUGUGGCAGGAGAUCACUAUCGACAGCAAGUUCAGAGGGAAAUACAUCUCUGUAAUGCCAUUAGGCUGCAUCCACCUGCAGUUCCACUCCAGUGGGAAUCACUAUGUGUGGGGCAAAGUCACCUCCACGGUGCACAACAUCAUAGUGGGCAAACUGUGGAUUGACCAGUCUGGGGACAUUGAAAUAGUCAACCACAGGACCAAGGACAGCUGCCACCUCAAGUUUGUCCCUUACAGUUAUUUCUCCAGAGACCUCUCACGCAAGGUGACAGGUGUGGUAGCAGACAGCGAGGGCACGGCCCAUCACAUUCUGUCUGGGACCUGGGACGACAAGAUGGAGAGCGCCAAGAUAGUGGAGAGUAGCCGGGGAUGUGGAGGGUCAGAGGGCAAACAGAAGACCCUCUAUCAGACCCUCCAGCCCAAAGUGCUGUGGAAGAAAUACCCUCUCCCGGAGAAUUCUGAGAACAUGCACUUCUUCUCCUCCUUGGCCCUGACCCUGAACGAGCCUGAGGAGGGCGUGGCCCCGACUGACAGCCGCCUGAGGCCCGACCAACGGCUGAUGGAGGCGGGGCUGUGGGACGAGGCCAACGCCCACAAACAGCGUUUGGAGGAACGACAGAGGCUGGAGAGGAGGAAGAGGGAGGCACAAGCAACACAGGUCCUGGAAGAAGGCCAAGACAUCGAGGGCUUCCAGCCACUGUGGUUUGAGAGGAGGACAGAUGAUUCAACGGGGGAGAGCACUUACGUGUACAGGGGUGGAUACUGGGAGGCCAAAGACAGACAGGACUGGAGCCAAUGCCCUGAGAUCUUCUAAGGCUCCACCCCUGGGUCUGUGACAUCACUGGAGGGCAGAGCUGAGGGAAUAAUGGACAAGCAGAGGGAGGGGUCCACAUGCUGCAAACACAUUGACAUGUGGCCAACUCUUUUGUCAAUGUGUGUGUGUUCCAGAAAGACGGAGGCCUCCGUGCCAAACUUCAAGAACAUUCUCUGUCCCCUUCACCGACCAGUGUGUUUCCCAAGCAUGGCCUCGUGUGUGUGUGUGUGUGUGUGUGUGUGUGUGUGUGUGUGUGUGUGUGUGUGUGUGUGUGUGCGCGUGACGCAACAGAGUAAGUUAGAGAGACAACCUAUUUGAGAUAUUUUGAUUAAGAGUUACAAAAUAGAUAGAGCUGUUGCAUGGAAACCCAUAUUUAUUUGAGGUGGUAUGUCUAGUGGUGCCUAGCGCCCAAUUGAUCUGGUAAUAAGGUAAUAACUACCGUAAGUUUAUAAUAUUAUAGAAUAAUAUUGGGACAAUUGUAUGGAUAAGUGGGGAGGAAAGGGGGGAAAGUGAAAGAGGUUGUGUUUUGGUUCUAGUCUGUCCUGUUCGAGUCUGAGCAACUAUCUCCAAUAUAUACCAAGGGUACCAAACAUUAGGAACACCUUCAUAAUAUUGAGUUGCACCACCUUCUGCCCUCAGAACAGCCUCAAUUCGUUGGGGCAUGGACUACAAUGUGUCAAGCGUUCCACAGGGAUGCUGGCUCAUGUUGACUCCAAUGCUUCCCACAGUUGAGUCAAGUUGGCUGGAUGUCCUUUGGGUGGUGGACCAUUCUUGAUACACACAGGAAACUGUUAAGCAUGUAAAACCCAGCAGCAUUGCAGUUCUUGACACACGCCAACCGGUGUGCCUGGCACCUACUACCAUACCCUGUUCAAAGACACUUACAUAUUUUGUCUUGCACAAUCACCCUCUGAAUGGCACACAUACACAAACCGUGUCUCAAGGCUUGAAAAUCCUCCUUUAACCUGUCCUCCCUUUCAGCUACACUGAUUUGAAGCAGAUUUUCUUUUAGUUGACAGCAAUAAGGGAUCAAAGCAUUCACCUGGAUGCCGUGUCAUGGAAAGAGCAGGUGUUCCUAUUGUUUUGUAUACUUUACAUAUCUAUAUGUAACUAUGCAUAUCUAUAUGUAACAUUGUGCAGUGCCAGUGUUUCCUUCCGUUGCAACAGCUAGGCACUCCCCAGAUUUGUAACUUAACAGUGCAUUUCUGCAGUGCAUGAAACACCCAUGUAGUGGACGCUGAUAUCACUGGACACUUUUGAUCUGUACAGACCUCAUCUCGGAAACCAAGAACUAAAGUCUUUACCAGUUAUGUUACAUGCGUCUUUCCAUGAGUGAUUAGUACAGACCAAAAACGGUAGGGGAAUUUUUAGUAUGUAAGAAGCUACCCACGAUUAUGAUCAUUCGUAAACGAUAUCGAUUGUGUUCUAAUGUCUUGAUUUCUCAAAUGUUGAUGAGGGUGCAUUAUGAACAGACAUAAUGGUAAAUCUUAACAAAAUUGGUUAAUGAUUCCACCCUGUGCAAUGAAAUGUUUCAAUGUCUUAAAUAUUUUUUUUAAUAUUAAGAAAUCUUCUGAAUUAUACUAUAGGAUGUGUAAUGUCGGGUUUCACAAUGCAAAGGAGGUGUGUACUUCAAUUAUUACACAUCUUUGUGUUUGACUGCAGGCAUUUAAACAUGCACCAUCAAUGAACUCAGAUCAGUGUUGUGGCACCACUUGUAGCUAAUGCAUGGUUUAAUGUGCUCAUGCACUGCUGCCUAGUAUUAAUUAGGCAUUAGCCUCAAUAGUUGUUUCUAGACUUCAUUCACAGAAGAACAUCGUGUGAAUUCACCUCUUGUGCCCUAGGUCUUCGGAAAUUGACUUUUUUUUUGCUUGAACAAACACAAACUGUCUCAAUGUGGUCUUUGUAAACACCCACAGUGUUAUCAGAGAUGGUCUAUAAUGUAGUAACCAGCUUUGGUGUCAUGCAGUUCUCAACUCAAGACAUGAUGAGAAAUAAAUGAGACAAGUUGAAGACUCAAAAGCCAAGAGGAGAUUUCCCCUGGGACAGUCUGUCUGAUCUGGGCUAGCCAGUCUGAUGGGGCUGCACACUCCACAUUACUCGUUUGACGUCAUUUUGGCUCUAGCACACAUGUAUUCAAGGUACCACUCAAUAAAAGCAAUUCAAUCUAA